UGCGCACUGAGGCGCUUCGGGGCGGCCCGUGCGGUUGGCGGCCGGGAAACCCCUCGGCGCAGGCUGAGGCAGGGGCGCCCGAGUCGCCAUAGCCAGCGGUCGGGCCGCGGAGCACUGCCUGCGGGAGAGGAAGCGGAGGCCGAGCCGGGGCCGCGGUGGGGGGCGGGCGGCUGGGCCUCUCCCCGUCGUUCGCCCGCCCGCCCGGGCUGUGAGGAGGAGCCGGGCGGGCGCCGCCGCCGCUGCCGUCGCGGCCCAGUUCGAUCGCUGAGCGCCGCGGGCCGGAGGCUUCGUCGCGGGGGCGGGGGCCGGGGCCUCGCAGCGCCGCCGCCAUGGAGUUCUGAGGCCUCCGCCAGCCGAGUCUGCCUCAGGCCGCGGGGCCUGGCUAUGGCGGAGCGCCGCGGCCUCUGAGCGCCGCCGGCCCGCUCGAGCUCAGCCCGCGCCGCUUGCCCCGGCCCCCUCAGCGGGCCCUUCCCCGCGCCUCCUCCGGCCUUAACCGGCGCGGAGGCCGCGACGCCGCCCGCCGCGAAAGCCGCCGUCCCGGAGCCGGCACCGCCUGGCGCCCACCAUGUCGUGCGUACACUACAAGUUCUCCUCCAAGCUGAACUAUGAUACGGUCACCUUCGACGGCCUCCACAUCUCCCUGUGCGACCUCAAGCGCCAGAUCAUGGGCCGUGAGAAGCUGAAGGCGGCCGACUGCGACCUGCAGAUCACCAACGCCCAGACCAAAGAAGAAUACACCGAUGAUAAUGCCCUGAUUCCGAAGAACUCAUCGGUAAUUGUUAGAAGAAUCCCUAUUGGAGGAGUUAAAGCUACCAGCAAAACAUAUGUUAUGACUCCUAAAUCGCACAAAAUCCUAGAAACUGCUUUCAGAAGUCGAACUGAGCCAGUGAGUGGAACAUCAAAAGCAAUUGAUGACUCUUCUGCAUCUAUUUCUCUGGCCCAGCUUACUAAGACUGCCAAUCUGGCUGAAGCCAAUGCUUCCGAAGAAGAUAAAAUAAAAGCUAUGAUGACACAGUCUGGCCAUGAAUAUGAUCCAAUCAAUUACAUGAAGAAACCCUUGGGUCCACCUCCACCAUCAUACACGUGCUUUCGUUGCGGAAAACCUGGCCACUAUAUAAAGAACUGUCCAACAAAUGGGGACAAAAAUUUUGAGUCAGUUCCCAGAAUUAAAAAGAGCACAGGAAUUCCAAGGAGUUUCAUGAUGGAGGUGAAAGAUCCCAAUACCAAGGGUGCUAUGCUGACAAACACUGGAAAAUAUGCAAUACCAACUAUUGAUGCGGAAGCUUACGCUAUAGGAAAGAAGGAAAAGCCUCCUUUUUUACCAGAGGACCCAUCCUCUUCCUCAGAAGAAGAUGAUCCUAUUCCAGAUGAGUUGUUAUGUCUCAUUUGUAAAGAUAUAAUGACUGAUGCAGUUGUUAUUCCCUGCUGUGGAAACAGUUAUUGUGACGAAUGUAUUAGAACAGCAUUACUGGAAUCUGAGGAACAUACGUGUCCAACGUGUCAUCAAACCGAUGUUUCUCCUGAUGCUUUAAUUGCCAAUAAGUUCCUACGCCAGGCUGUGAACAACUUCAAAAAUGAAACUGGCUACACAAAAAGGCUCCGUAAGCAGAUUCAGCAGCAGCAGCAACAGCAGCAGCAGCCACAGCCUCCGCCGCCACCACCACCUCCACCACCCCUCAUGAGACAAACAAUAACACGCAACCUGCAGCCUCUGCUCCGGCCAACAAUUGCCAGACAGCAGGAUCCACUAAUGAUACCAUUAGCUUCUCUGGCUUCUCGUUCUGCUUUGUCAUCCUUGGGCCCUGGUCAGUCUGGGCUACCAGUAAAUCCGUCUUCUGUUGUUGUCUCUGAUCUUCCUCCAGCAGUGUCCCUAUCCCUCCGGGGUGAAAAGCAUGAUGGACCUUUUCGUUUGUUGGAAGAGAAGGGCUAUCAGGUUCCUGUACUAAGACAACCAGCAUUGCCAAGUCUUCUGGGCCCCCAAGGACAAUCAAUACCCACAACUGGUCAUCCAAUGAGAGCCAGUACCAUUCGCUCAGCAGGUGGCAGACCAGGCUGGGAGCUUGCAAAUCGAGGACGCCCGCAUAGUGACCGUGCCCAAAGGACUCAGGCCCCAUCACUACCAGCAUCAACACCAGUCUUUGUGCCUGUGCCUCCACCUCCCUUGUAUCCUCCACCACCCCAUGCACUUCCUCUUCCACCGGGGGUACCACCACCACAGUUUCCUCCUCAGUUUCCACCUGGUCAACCUCCAUCUGCUGGGUACUCUGUCCCCCCUCCAGGAUAUCCCCCAGCUCCUGCAAACAUGUCAUCAGCUUGGGUACCAACAGCAGUACCAGCGGCUCAUUCAAAUGCCAUCCCAACGACACAAGCACCUCCCUUAUCUAGGGAGGAGUUUUACAGAGAACAACGGAGACUUAAAGAGGAGGAAAAGAAAAAGUCCAAACUUGAUGAGUUUACAAAUGAUUUUGCUAAGGAAUUGAUGGAAUAUAAAAAGAUUCAAAAGGAGCGUAGGCGUUCGUUUUCCAGGUCCAAGUCCCCCUAUAGUGCUUCAUCUUACUCUAGAAGCUCGUAUACCUACUCCAAGUCAAGAUCAGGUUCUUCCCGCUCUCGCUCCUACUCUCGGUCAUUUAGCCGUUCCCAUUCCCGUUCCUACUCGCGAUCGCCGCCGUAUCAGAGAAGAGGCAAAGGGAAGAGUCGUAAUUAUCGUUCUAGAUCAAGGUCACAUGGUUAUCACCGUUCAAGGUCAAGGUCACCCCCAUACAGAAGGUACCAUUCACGGUCAAGGUCUCCAGUAUUUAGAGGCCAGUCUCCCACUAAACGGACAGUACCCCAAGGGGAAGGAGAAAGGGAGUAUUUUAACAGAUACAGAGAAGUUCCACCAUACGAUAUUAAAGCUUACUAUGGCAGAUCAGUUGACUUUAGAGAUCCAUUUGAAAAAGAAAGAUACAGAGAAUGGGAAAGGAAUUACAGAGAAUGGUACGAAAAAUUUUACAAGGGCUAUGCUGUCGGCGCUCAACCUCGGCCUCCAGUAAAUCGAGAGAACUUUUCUCCAGAUAGGUUUUGUCCACCUGGGACCAGACGAGAGAAUUCGCCGUAUGCUCGGGGCCGUAGGGAGGAUUAUCCAGGUGGGCAGAGCCACAGAAAUCGUAACCUAGCAGGAAACUACCCCGAAAAGCCUUCUGGAAGAGAGAGCCAUGGCAUUAAAGAUCCUACAAAAUCAAAAGAGAAGGAGGUGGAAAAUCCGCUGGGAGAUGGCAAGGGAAAUAAGCAUAAAAAACAUCGGAAGAGAAGGAAAGGGGAUGAGAAUGAAGGAUUUCCUAAUGCUGAGUUGUUAGAAGGUGCAAGAAAACCAAGAGAGCCAGUUACAACAGAAGAUGUUAAAACGGACUCUCUGUUCAUGCUGCCAAGCAGAGAUGAUGCCACCCCUGUAAGAGAUGAACCUAUGGAAGCAGAUUCUAUUGCUUUCAAACCAGUGUCUGAAAAGGAGAAAAAAGAGAAGGAUAAGCCAAAAGCAAAAGUUGACAAGACAAAGCGAAAAGUAGAAGCGGCUGUUCCUCCCAAGAAAGAUAAUGUAACAAAACCAGCUAAAGCUUCCCAAGAGAAGGGGGAUGCAGAUCGUGAAAAAUCUCCUCGGACGGAACCUCCUGUGAAAAAAGUGAAGGAGGAGUUGCCCAAGACAGAGAGUGUUAAAACAUCUUCCUCUCAAAAGGAUGAGAAGGCUCUUGGUACCCCACGGAAAGUUCACCCAAAAGUGACGAAAGAUCACCCAGAAACAAGACCAGCCAAGGAUGAAAAGGCAAAGAAAGACCAUCCAAAAGAAACCAAGUCGGAGAAGGCCUCCAACAAAGAGGACAAGUCAAAAAAACCUGCUGAAAAAAGCAAACCCUCUGAUGCAAAACCUGAAAAAAGAAAAAGAAAAGCAGAUGAAAAGGCUGAUAAAGAACAUGAAGCCACUUCUGUAAAGGCCUCGAAACCAGAACCUGCUGAAUCGAAAACAUCGCCAAAGGGGAAGACUGAGCCUGAUGGUGAAAAAGGAGAGCGAACUCCAGAAAAGGAUAAAUCUGCUUUUCUUAACAACCCCGCAAAAAAGAUUAAACUUAACCGGGAAACUGGCAAAAAGAUUGUGAGUGGGGAAAAUGUGCCACCUGCAAAAGAACCUGUUGAGAAACCUGAGCCAAGCAGCAGCAAAGUUAAACAAGAGAAAGCGAAGGGAAAAGUGAGAAGAAAAGUAACAGCAGCUGAUGGAUCUAGUUCAACUCUUGUAGAUUACACCAGCACUAGUUCUACUGGUGGAAGCCCCGUUAGAAAGACUGAAGAAAAGACAGAUACAAAACGAACUGUCAUUAAGACCAUGGAGGAGUAUAAUAAUGAUAUAACAGCCCCUGCUGAAGACGUCAUUAUUAUGAUCCAAGUCCCUCAGUCAAAGUGGGAUAAAGAUGACUUUGAGUCUGAAGAAGAGGACAUUAAAUCUACCCAGGUGCCCACAAGCAUAGGAAAACCUGCAAGUGUUAUAAAGAAUGUGAGUGCUAAGCCACCAAACCCCAUAAAACACAUUGAAAAAGAGACGGAGCCUUUGGAGAAAACACAGAAAACUACAAAAGAGGUGAGUUAUGAAAGCUCCCAGCAUGAUGCAAAAAGUUCAAAAAGUUCGAUGUCAAAUGAAAAAGGAAAAACCAAAGACCGGGAUCAUUCUUUGUCAGACAAGGACGCUUCCGAGAAGAGAAAGAGCAGUGUUCAGCCAGAAAAAGACCACUCGGAACGUGCAACUGAGCAAGGAAAUGGAAAAAACAUUUCUCAAUCUUCCAAAGACAGCAGAUCUUCAGAGAAACACGAUACUGGCCGUGGCUCCACUGCUAAAGACUUUACUCCUAACCGAGACAAAAAAUCUGACCACGAUGGAAACAGAGAUCACUCUAGUUCCAAGCGUAGAGAUGAAAAGGGUGAAUUAACGAGGAGAAAAGACUCCCCUUCUCGAAACAGAGAAUCUACAUCUGUCCAGAAGAGUAAACCCAGAGAGGAGCGAGCGGAGCCGUCCAAAAAGGGCGCUGGAGACGCCAAAAGGAGCAGCUACAGCCCUCCGCGGGAGCGGAAACAGACUGAUCACAAAGCUGCUCAUGAGUCCAAGCGAACGGUGGAGGAACACAAACCUCUAGAUAAAAAUUCAGGAAAAGAGAAAGAGAAGCAUGUACCAGAAGUAAAGAGCAAUAAGGAGAAUAAAGAAAAUAAAGAAAAUAAGGAGAAUAAAGAAAAUAAGGAGAAUAAGGAGAAUAAAGAAAAUAAAGAGAAAGAGCCAAUUGUUAAUAAACCACCUUUGAAACAAGAAUCACCAGAAGUCAAAAAUGAGAAAGAGAACAACGUGACUGGGCAAAACGAUAAAAGUGUUGUCAAGCCCAAGGCUCAGGUGAGCACCUCCUCCCGGCUCUCCUCUGACCUCACGCGAGAGACUGACGAGGCUGCCUUUGUGCCAGACUACAACGAAAGCGACAGUGAGAGUAAUGUAUCUGCAAAAGAUGAGGAAGCCGCAGCAAAAACUCCUAAAGAACCGAAAGAAAAGGCUGUUGAGAAGGUGAAGGAGGACGCGGCAGCCCCUGCGGCGGCAGAGCAGCCCGAAGCCAGCAGGAGUCAAAGCCAGAGCAGCCCCAGCGUGAGCCGCAGCCGCAGUCAGAGCCCUUCCGAGAGUCAGACUCGAAGCCACAGCAGCAGCGCCAGCUCGGGAGAGAGUCAAGACAGCAAGAAAAAGAAAAAGAAGAAGGAGAAGAAGAAGCACAAGAAGCAUAAGAAACACAAGAAGCAUAAGAAACACGUCGGGAACGAGACGGAAUUGGAAAAGAGCCAAAAACACAAACACAAGAAGAAAAAAUCGAAGAAGAGCAAAGAUAAAGAGAAAGAUGACCAAAAAGUGAAAUCUGUCACUACAUAGAACGACAGAUAAUAGAAAAAUGACUUAAUUCCUAAGUCAUCUGUAUUAAAUUUUGUUAAAAUGUAAACGAAUUCAAGCGUUGUAAAUAAUGACAUGAAAGACCCUGUGCUGCACUUAAAAUAUUGCUGCUUGAUUAUUUGAUUUUUACAUCAGAGCUUUAUAAAAGUGAACAUUUUGUACAGAAUUGUGAGUUGUGACCAUGUAACAUGAAAGGUUUUGCUGGGGCAUCUUCUUUUUAACCACCGUUAAUUAGUUUGGGUGGAGUUUACUGUACUGUGAAAAUUUUCACAUUUGAAUUUUUUUUUAAUUGCCUGGCAGAAGAAGCUGGUAUCAGUUAUAAAAUAUCAGCAGAAUGAUUUGCAGAAUACAUUACAGCCCUGUUAUGUCACUUUUUUGAUUACAAUAAAAAAAAGUUUUCAGUAAACUA